AUGCUAUCCAUGCUGUCCGUGUCCGAAAAAGUCGAACAUCUACAGGACGGUUGUGCGUCCUGUUGCCCUUUACUGAUGCGUGUGACGAAAGCCUUGGAAAGAGUGUUGCAUGCUAUGGAGAUGCGGAUGUUGAGGUGGACGAUAGGUGUAACGCUAAAAGAGAAAGUAUCCAACGACACUGUACGCUCCAUCUUCGGCGUCGUCCAGAUAAGUGAGAAGAUGAAGAAGGCGCGACUGAAAUGGUUUGGGCAAGUCUUGCAGGUGGACGAAAAUUGUGUUACCAAAACUGCUCUGAACCUCGACGUUUCAGGCGUAAGGCCGCGAGGGUGGCAAAAGAUUCACUGGUUGGACCGUUUGAAGCUGGAUAUGAUAGAUGCGCGUUUGUGUACGGCUGAUGGAAGAAGAAGAGCUUUUAACUGUUCACAGAGCCCUUAA